AUGAAGGUUGAAAUCGUACAGCCAAUGGCAUACCUCGAUGUGUCGAUCGGAAACGAAGCAUGUGGCCGCAUAGUGGUGGAACUUUACCAGGACAAGGCACCUUUGGCUACAAGCAACUUUCUUAAGCUUUUACUGAAGCUACCAGGCACAUACUUCCACCGUGUGAUCAAAAACUUUAUGAUUCAGGGUGGCGAUGUCGAGUACGGUAAAAGCAGCAGCUAUAAUGACGAAAGAGUCGGAACUGGCCGAGCUGUGGCGGAAUUUGCCGAUGAGAACUUGACAGAGAAGCUCGACGGACCUUUCAAGCUCUGCAUGGCUAACAGUGGGCCUAAUACGAAUUCAUCUCAGUUUUUCAUCACGACAUACCCUGCUCCUCAUUUGGACGGAAAGCACACUGUGUUUGGGCGGGUCAUACACGGCAAAUCAGUGGUUAGAGCUAUAGAGAAAGUUCAGACUACUAAGUCCAAUGUUCCCGUGGAGUCGUCCCUUCCAGUGAUCACAAGUGCUGGAGAGUGGAAUGAAGGUGAUCAAGUGCCCAUUUUCAAUGCAUGUUACGAUCCUAUUGGUGGAGAUAUCUACGAAGAACACCCCGAUGAUGAUGAGCAUAUUGACAAAGAGUCAUCGCUGUCCGUAUUCGAGGCAGCCAGCAUAAUUAAAAACAGCGGAGGAGAGCUUUUCAAAAAGGGUCAACUUAGAGAGGCAUCACUUAAGUAUAAGAAGUCGUUGAGGUAUGUAAUGGAGUACCUACCGGAUGAGGACCUGGAACCGGUGCUCUACACGAAGUAUGUGGAGCUUAAGAAGAAACUUUACCUUAAUUUGUCAUUGGUAUGUCUUAAGGUGGGAGAUUUAGCCAAAUGUGUGGAUUACUGUACGUAUUUGCUUGACAUGGAGCUUUUGCCUGGAGAAAAGGGAAAGACACUUUAUCGUAUGGGCAGUGCACACGUUGCAUUGAAGAAAUAUGGAGAAGCAGUCAAAUAUUUACAGAGCGCAAAAGAGGUGGUGAGUGAUGCUGGCAUUGAAAAGGAGUUGAAGAGGGCUGAGGAGUUGAUGGACGCUGAGAAGAAGAAGGAAAGGGCCAAGUAUGCCAAGUUCUUUGGAUAG